AUGUCUCAGACAACUUCGAGCCAGAAGGAAAACGAACUCACCAACGUAUCAACUGGUGUCGUGGGCAAACGAAAGCGUGGCAACCAAGGAGACUUCAAGGGGGAGCGCCUUCAAUACCUCAAUGACAUGCUGCCUCAAUACCGGGAGGCCUCAAGCAGCGGCGCCGUCUCAACCUGGUUUACAAAUAUGUUCUUUCCCAAUUACUUUCGGAAAUUCCCUUGGUUCAUUCCUGCGGAGGACGACAUACCUGAGGCAUUCAACAUUGCUCUUGAAGAAUCAAAGCUCACUCCUGAAGUCGCAAACAUGAAGUCCGAUACCGUCAACAGGCUAGUCAAGAAAAUCAAGAACUGGUUCAACUAUCGUCGAGCUUCUUUAGGCUUGAACACAAGCAAGGAUCCUUGGGGGCCAUGGCUUGAUAAGCUCCGUAAAUCCGACCGUCCUCGACCACAACGACUCAGGGAUUGUCAGUAUUACGAACGCACGGAGCCCUAUAAGUCAAAGGUUGCCGCAACGCUGGACGAGGAAUGGCCGACACUAAACCUGCACGAAGACUAUCGUUUGGCAACACGGAACAAGAUCGCAGAGAGACUGCUGCGUGCGGAGCCGUCGGACGUUCAGGAGCUCAUCAACAAGGAGACGCAAAAGCAGUACGAUGACACUCUGAAGGCAUACAGCAAGGGGGUCUGGACUGAAGAUGUUACGGAUCCCGACGAAUGUGAAAUGGCUAUCGAAAGUAUAACGCCGACUAUUCAGCCCCUACUUGACGGAAUUCGUGCAAUUACUGGCCUUUACAUCGGCUUCUUUGCUGUCGGCAUGCCUAAAGACAAGGAGGUCAGCCCAGAAAAGCUUCGGGCGGUCUACCUUGGUGCCGGAAAAUCGAAGGACGAGAAGUCGUUCCCCUCCCUCGAUCCCAAGGGAUUCAAGCAGGCUAUGAAACUCUUUGUUCGAUUUGCGCUAACCGCUUCCGGUAAUGGAGCAGAAGCGGGCUCCUCCAAUGAGCAGGAUCUUGCCGGCUUACUGCCUACUUCGAAUGUUUGGACGUCGCCAACGCCAACACCUACCACCUCUCCAACCAAAGUCACCGCUGCCACUGGGCCCGCCAAAACUCCAUCACGCCACCCUAGUGGGCCUCAAAUCACUCAACCUAGGCCCAAAGCCAAUGCAGUGGCCCCCACACGUGCUGGCCGGGCUUCAUUAUCUGACGAGGCCCUCCUGCAGAAAGCAAUCGACCUUGCGGAGCGUCGACUUGCUGAUGCUGGAGUUGACGUUGGAGAAGAUGGUGUUGGACCCGAGCUACUGGAGGAUGUAGCCAAACUUGCGCCGUCGGCACAGGAGAAACAAAUCAAGGAACUUGCCAAGCUUUCCAACUACGAGCUCCAGCGCUGCAGCAACAUUGCCCGCAAUGAGCGGCUUCUUCAAUCACUAGGACUCAAGGACCACGGCCUCUUUGACAAACAAAAGAAGCGGCCUCGAGAGCCAUCCACACCUCCUGCGGACGACGACGAUUAUGCGCCAGACUCAGGCGUGCCCGACUCAGGCCAUGAAUCAAAAAGAUUGAGGCCGGCCGCUCCCCCUCGUCGAUCGAAUAGAGGAGGCAAAGGAGGCAAGUCAGCUACAGCUCCUGACAAGGACCACCCCAAUCCUACUUCUACUCCCACUCCUCGUCGAUCAAGCAGAGGCAAGGCGGCAUCAGCUCCUGACGAGGACCAUCCCAAUCCCACUACUACUCCCACUCCUCGUCGAUCAAGCAGAGGCAAGGCAGCAUCAGCUCCUGACAAGGACCAACCCCAUCCCACUACUCCCACUCCCAGCCUGUCUCGUCCAAACUCUCCUCCAAACGACCUGCAGCCUGACGAUGACCCCAACGACGACUCCACAUCUGAGGCAGCCUACAAUGCAUUUACGGAUGCCGAAAAGAAGAACCAGCACCACAACGAGUACUACGGGCCUAGAUGGACAUCCCUUCUACAGGCUUGGGAAACCGUAGAGGCGCUAAAUAACUUUCAGGCAGGGGACGUUAAACUUCCAGAUUCAUCCACACGGCCAGCAGAGGUAGCCAAUUGGAUCAAGUCGGCACGCUACUACCACAGAACCCCGGCCAGCCUUACCGAUGUUGAUGUGUUCGCCAAGCAGUGGUGGAAGUGGUGGGCUGAGCUCAAUCCAGAUUGGCGUAUAAAGGCUCCCGACGGAACGUUGCAGAAGGCUGGCUCAGGGGAUUGGGAGUCCAUGUGUGCUACUGGGCACAAGGGUAUGAUCAACGUCAUCGUUUGCUUGUGGUGGUGGAGGGGAUUGACUCCUGAGACAUCCCCUGCAUUGAAGAGCUGGAACAAGGCCAUUGCGGACGUUACUUGGGUGUUGCACCUGGAGCAAAUGCUGUAA